CAUGAGUGAUACUGUAGAUUGGUGAGUCUGUUGUGGAGUAGAGUUUAAAAAAUGUAAAUAAACCACUUUUAUCAUAAUUCAAAACAUUGUUUUGAUAAAAAAACUUCUCCUUUUUUGAAUUUGGUUUAAAAUAUCCAUUUCUGCUCAGUAAGAAUAAAGUUUUCUUUUGGAUUCUGUUGUUUAUGAAGGAGAUCAACACUUUGAUAACUAAACCGAUGCAACAACAAACACAAGUUCAAAACAAUCACUUCCUUUCUACAAUAUAACUAGUUCCGUAUAAGAAGAAGUAUGGAUCUGAAGAAUAAGUCUCAAAAAACCAAAAUUCAACAGUUUUACGAGGGAAAGGUAGUUUUAUUGACAGGCGGAACGGGAUUCCUAGGAAAAGUAUUGAUAGAAAAACUUCUACGCAGCUGUCCUAAUAUUGCUCAGUUAUAUUUGCUUGUGAGGGAGAAGAAUAGUCAGAGUUCUGAGGACAGACUCAAAGUUCUUCUAGAAGAUCCAAUAUUCUCAAGGUUGAAGAGGGAGAACCCAAGAUUUGCAGAGAAACUGUCAGUGGUACAUGGAGAAUUACACGAGCCUAUGUUAGGCCUUAGUGAGAGCCAUAUAACUUUGCUCUCUCAAAGUGUAGAUGUUGUCCUCCAUUCGGCGGCGAGCGUCAGGUUCAAUGAACACCUUAGUGAUGCGAUCAUUACCAAUGUGUAUGGGACCAAACAGCUCUGUCUACUGGCACAGAACAUGGUCAAACUCAAGGCACUGGUCUAUGUAUCCACAGCAUUCUCUAACUGUGACUCUUCCAUUAUACCGGAGGAAAUCUGUCCAUCUUCUAUCUGUCCUGAUAUACUCAUUGUCUUGUCGGAACUUUUGGACAAGAGAUUACUGGAUGACAUCACACCAAGGUUUGUUGAAUAUGUUCAUUUCUUACAGAGAGGUCAAUCAAAAUUCUUUAUAGUGUUACCCGUCUUAUUGACAUGCUUGAUAUUGUACAGUUUGUUAGGAUCCAAGCCAAACACCUAUAUUUACACCAAGAAUGCUGCUGAAGUGGUCAUCAAAAGGUUUAGGACCACUCUACCGGUUGCAAUUCUGAGACCCUCUAUAGUAGUGGCAGCCCUGUCUGAACCCUUUCCAGGAUGGUUAGACAACGUUCAGGGAGCUAACUAUGUGGUUGCCAGUUUCUCAACAGGACUUUUGCGAAGUUUCCUGAGCAACCAAUAUGCAGUGGCAAACCUUGUACCUGUAGACUACACUGCCAAUGCCAUCCUUGCCCUCGCAUUCAGUGUUGCUACUCAACAGUGGCAGACUCCACAAGAUGAGGAAAUCCCUGUGGUAAACUUUGUACCCACGAAGAACAACACUAUGACAUGGUGUGACUUUACUGAGAAGCUUGUGAAAUAUGUCAGGAUGUACCCCUCAACCAACCUGAUGUGGUACCCUUUCCUGUGCCAGCCUCAGUCAGUGUGUGUAGCCUCAGUACAGAACAUGUUGCUACACCAUCUGCCUGCCAAGGUCAUUGACUUCUUGAGCAAGCAGUGCGGUCAUUCUACUAGGUUGCAACACAUCUACAACCGCCUGGAUAAAUAUUCUGAUGUCGUGAGAUACUUCUCCUGCCAGCAUUUCCAGUUCCAGGAGGACAACCAGAAGCUCUUGUGGGAGAGCCUGGAGCCCAGGGACCAGUUGGAGUUCCCAUUCAACAUGACCGAGAUCUCGUGGGAAAUUGUGAUGGCCGAAUAUGUCCGAGGAUGUAGAGAGUAUUACCUUAGAGAACAACCCACUUCAGUAGUCAGAGGCAGACAGAGACUCCGGAGGUUGUACUUCAUUCACUUGUUGACAAAUACAUCAUUGCUACUUGCGUCUGCCAACAUCAUAUGGUUCAUGUGCGGAUGCCUGGGCCAAUUGGCAAGAAAAUGGGUAUAGUUAUAACUGAAGAUGAGAAAGAAUAACAACAUUCAUUGCACCUAUCUGACUGUCAAAUGUAAUCCUAUGAUACAAUGUAAACGUCACAUUAAUAAUAAGAAUUUGUAAUUCUCCCAUUGAACUCUAAUAAAAUUUAAUGUAUGUUACAAACAUAAAAUUCUUGCCAAUA